AUUCUCAGGGAUUUAGCUAGACCAGAGAAAGCUGCGGAAGCAGCGUCGCCGGAACCAUGGGCACCGGAUCGCUUGCCCCUGGUGUCCGUGCUGGUGGCGGGAACACUGGGUGGCUCUGGAUGAGCUCCUGCAACUUAGGUUUGCCAGUCCUGUCUAUUUCUUUUCUUAUUUGGUUGUUACUGGCUGCGCCUGGCGCUCAGGCCGCGGGUUACAAGACAUGUCCCACCACGAAGCCAGGCAUGCUCAACGUGCACCUGCUGCCUCACACACACGAUGAUGUGGGCUGGCUGAAGACGGUGGACCAAUACUACUACGGCAUGGACCCUCACUUGCUGACCUUCAUGCCCAUAGUCAUGAGUGAUGUCCAGCAUGCAUCUGUUCAGUACAUCCUAGACUCAGUGAUUUACUCUCUACUGAACGAUCCCACCCGUCGCUUCAUUUACGUGGAAAUGGCUUUCUUCUCCCGUUGGUGGAAGCAGCAGACCAAUGUAACGCAGGACGCUGUACGGAACCUGGUGCGCCAGGGGCGCCUGGAGUUUGUCAAUGGUGGCUGGGUAAUGAAUGAUGAGGCAGCCACUCACUAUGGUGCUAUUGUGGACCAGAUGACACUUGGGCUACGCUUCCUGCAGGACACAUUUGGUAGUGAUGGACUUCCCCGUGUGGCCUGGCACAUUGACCCUUUUGGCCAUUCUCGAGAACAGGCCUCCCUGUUUGCCCAGAUGGGUUUUGAUGGCUUCUUCCUCGGGCGCAUUGACUACCAAGAUAAAUUUAACCGGAAGAGAAAGCUGAAGAUGGAGGAACUCUGGAGGGCUAGCGCCAGCUUGAAGCCCCCCGCUGCUGACCUCUUUACUGGUGUGCUCCCCAAUAAUUACAACCCUCCAAAAGACCUGUGCUGGGAUGUGCUGUGUACAGACCCUCCCGUGGUGGACGAUCCCACAAGCCCUGAGUUUAAUGCCAAUAAGUUGGUCGAUUACUUCCUGAAUCUCGCCUCUUCCCAGAAAAAGUUUUACCGAACCAACCACACCGUGAUGACCAUGGGCUCAGACUUCCAGUAUGAGAAUGCCAACAUGUGGUUCAAAAACAUGGACAAGCUUAUCCGCCUGGUCAACGAGCAGCAGCAGGCAAACGGGAGCAAGGUCCACGUGCUCUACUCCACCCCUUCGUGUUACCUCUGGGAGCUGAACAAGGCCAAUCUCACCUGGACAGUGAAGGAGGACGACUUCUUUCCUUAUGCUGAUGGCCCCCACAUGUUCUGGACUGGCUAUUUCUCCAGUAGGCCAGCCCUCAAGCGCUAUGAGCGCCUCAGCUACAACUUCCUGCAGGUGUGCAACCAGCUGGAAGCACUGGUGGGUCCCGAGGCCAAAGUGGGACCCUACGGCUCAGGAGACAGUGCACCCCUCAAUGAGGCAAUGGCGGUGCUGCAGCACCACGAUGCUGUCACUGGUACUGCAAGGCAGAAUGUUGUCAAUGACUACGCGAAGCAGCUGGCGGCAGGCUGGGGACCCUGUGAGGUUCUCGUGAGCAACGCUCUGGCACGACUCAGCCUUUACAAACAGAACUUCUCAUUCUGUCGGGAGGUCAACAUCAGUAUCUGCCCAGCCAGCCAGACGUCAGAGCACUUCCGGGUAAUUAUUUACAACCCCGUGGGGCGGAAGGUGGAUCUGAUGGUUCGGCUGCCGGUCAGUGAAGGCAUCUUCCUUGUGAAGGACCCUAACUAUAGGAGAAUUUCCAGUAAUGUGGUGAUGGUUCCCAGUGCUUAUAGUAAGACGUAUCAAUGGGAGCUGCUGUUCCCAGCCUCAGUGCCUGCCCUGGGCUUCAGCAUCUACUCUGUGAACAAAAUGAGUGGCCAUAACCAUCAGGCCCACAACCUAACGGCCAGGCCCAAGAAAUCCAAGUCCCGUGUCUUAGUCAUUGAAAAUAAGUACAUACGGGCCACAUUUGACUCUGACACAGGGUUAUUGAGGAAGAUUGAAAACCUGGAACAGAACAUUUCGCUCCCUGUGAGACAAGGCUUCUUUUGGUACAAUGCCAGCGCUGGUGAUGAGGAGAGUCCUCAGGCCUCUGGUGCCUACAUCUUCAGACCCAGUCAUCGUAAACCACUGCCUGUGAGCCACUGGGCUCAGGUCACUUUGGUGAAGACAAACUUGGUGCAGGAGGUACACCAGAAUUUUUCAGCCUGGUGUUCCCAAGUGAUUCGCCUGUAUAAAGGACAGCGUCAUUUGGAGCUGGAGUGGACGGUGGGACCAAUCCCAGUGAAAGAUGACUGGGGAAAGGAAGUCAUCAGCCGCUUUAACACCCCGAUGAGAACCAGGGGACAGUUCUUCACGGACAGCAACGGCCGGGAAAUCCUGAAGAGGAGGGACGAUUUUCGACCCACCUGGACAUUAAAUCAGACUGAACCAGUGGCUGGAAAUUACUACCCUGUCAACACUCGAAUUUACAUCACGGACGGGCAUAUGCAGCUGACCGUGCUGACCGACCGUUCCCAGGGGGGCAGCAGUCUGCUGGAUGGCUCAUUGGAGCUCAUGGUUCACCGACGGCUGUUGGUAGAUGAUGAACGCGGGGUGGCGGAACCCUUGCUGGAGACAGAUACGGGGGAUAAGGUUCGAGGGCGCCACCUUGUGAUUUUGAGUUCUGUCAGUGAUGCGGCUGCAAGACACCGACUGCUGGCGGAGCAGGAAGUCCUGGCCCCUCAGGUGGUGCUGGCCCACGGGGGUAGCAGUCCCUAUCACUCGCAGGCACCAAAAAUGCAGUUCUCCACACUUCGCCGGGAGCUACCUCCGCAGGUGCAUCUGCUCACCCUGGCUCGCUGGGGUCCAAAGAUGCUGCUGCUGCGCUUGGAGCACCAGUUCGCUGUGAAAGAAGAUUCAAAUCGCAACCUGAGCUCUCCGGUGACCUUGAACUUGCAGAACCUGUUCAAGACCUUCACUAUCAACUACUUGCAGGAGACCACACUGGCAGCCAACCAGCCCCUAUCCAGGGUUUCCAGGCUCAAGUGGAUGACAGAUACUGGUCCCAUCUCCUACCCUGCUCCUUCCCGGUUGGACCCUACCUCAAUCACACUGCAGCCUAUGCAAAUCCGUACCUUCCUGGCCUCGGUUCAAUGGCAGAGACUCAUCUAGGCCUGCCAGGAGGAGGGGCAGGCCUCCCCUUCUCAUGCUGGAACCACUCACAAAAAUCAUUAAAAGACUUCUAUUGAGA